AUGGAGACCUAUUAACUGCUCUUCUUUGUGAGCUGUGGUUUUCAGAGGGGAAUGUUAAGAGGUAAAGACACUCAAGGACAAACAUUUUUGGCAGAGGUAAGAUCUUCAGUCACCAUACUUGACUUUGCCCUGGGGGAAGUGGAGGUUUCCAUGUUAAAUCCUAAAGCUUCUUCUGGGCCACAGUGUCUGACUCACACCUUCUGGUGUCUCCUGAUACACAGCACAGAUGAAAUGGCAAGUUCCCUGGCCUUUCUUCUGCUCAGCUUUCAUGUCUGCCUCCUCUUGGUCCAGCUGCUCACUCCUUGCUCAGCUCAGUUUGCUGUGCUUGGACCCCCUGGGCCCAUCCUGGCCAUGGUGGGUGAAGACGCUGAUCUGCCCUGUCACCUGGUCCCGACCAUGAGUGCAGAGACCAUGGAGCUGAGGUGGGUGAGUUCCAGCCUCAGGCAGGUGGUGAGCGUGUAUGCAGACGGAAAGGAAGUGGAAGACAGGCAGAGCGCAGAGUAUCGAGGGAGGACUUCGAUUCUGCGGGAUGGCAUCGCUGCAGGGAAGGCUGCUCUCCGAAUACACAACGUCACAGCCUCCGACAGCGGAAAGUACUUGUGUUAUUUCCAAGACGGUGACUUCUAUGAAAAAGCCCUGGUGGAGCUGAAGGUUGCAGCACUGGGUUCUGAUCUUCACAUUGACAUGAAGGGUUAUGAAGCUGGAGGGAUCCAUCUGGAGUGCAGGUCCGCUGGCUGGUACCCCCAGCCCCAAAUACAGUGGAGCGACACCAAGGGAGAGAACAUCCCGGCUGUGGAAGCACCUGUGGUUGCGGACAGAGCGGGUCUGUAUGCAGUAGCAGCAUCAGUGACCAUGAGAGGCAGCUCUGGGGAGCGAGUGUCCUGCAUCAUCAGAAAUUCCCUCCUCGGCCUGGAAAAGACAGCCAGCAUUUCCAUCGCGGACCCCUUCUUCAUGAGUGCCCAGGGCUGGAUCGCCGCGCUGGCCGGGACCCUGCCUGUCUUGCUGCUCCUUCUCGUGGUAGCCAGUUACUUCUUGUGGCAACAGCAGGGGAAAAAAAAGACUCUGUCCAGAAAGAAAGAGAGAGAGCAACAGUUGGGAGAAAUGGCAUGGAACACAAUGAAGCAAGAACAAAGCAAAACAGUGAAGCUCCAGGAGGAACUCAGGUGGAGAAGCAUCCAGUACACGGCUCAGAGAGAGAGCCCUUCGGCCUAUAAUGAAUGGAAAAUGGCCCUCUUCAAGCCUGCGGAUGUGAUUCUGGAUCCAGACACGGCAAACCCCAUCCUCCUUGUUUCUGAGGACCAGAGGAGUGUGCAGCGUGCUGAGGAGCGCCAGGAUCUUCCAGACAACCCCGAGAGAUUUGAUUGGCAUUUUUGUGUUCUCGGCUGUGGAAGCUUCAUGUCAGGGAGACAUUACUGGGAGGUGGAGGUGGGGGACCGGAAAGAGUGGCAUAUAGGUGUGUGUAGUAGGAACGUGCAGAGAAAAGGUUGGGUCAAAAUGACACCUGAGAACGGAUUCUGGACUAUGGGACUAACUGAUGGGAAUAAGUAUCGGACUCUGACUGAGCCCAGAACCAACCUGACACUUCGUGAGCGCCCUACGAAAGUGGGGGUCUUCCUGGAUUGUGAGACUGGAGAUGUCUCAUUCUACAAUGCCGUGGAUGGAUCGCAUAUUCACACUUUCCUGGACGUCUCCUUCUCUGAGCCUCUGUAUCCUGUUUUCAGAAUUUUGACCUUGGAGCCCACUGCCCUGACCAUUUGCCCAGCGCCAAAAGUAGAGAGUUCCCCGUAUCCCGACCUAAUUGCACCUGAUCAUCCUCUAGAGACACCAGUGGCCCCCAGCUUAGCUAACCAAAGUGGGGAGCCUCAGGCUGAAGAAACAUCCCUGCUUCACCCUGCCCAGCCUGGAGGUGACGCCUCCCCCUCCACAGCAACUAAGCAGAACCAUAAGCUGCAGACACACACUGAAGUACCUUACUGAUACUCAUUGAACUAUUCAUAUGAUAGUAGUUUGGGUUUGGUACCAACUUAUUGUCCCCUUAUACAGAUAAGGAAAUGGGGUGCAGAAAAGUGAAUUAGCUUUACAGAGUAGACAUGACUAGUGAACAACAGAGCUGGGAUCUGUUCAUCAAUGACUAACAUUAGUAGAGAAUUUUAAACAUUCUGAGUGCUGUGUUAUGAGCUUUGGUGGGUGUCACUCCUUUAAUCCUCACAGUACCCUGUCAGGUUGUCUCACUUUGUGAGUAUGGAAGCUGAGGCAGGGUGACAUUAAGUAACUUACGUAACUCAUAUGGUAAUUUGUGCAGUUGGGAGAUGUUCAGCCUCAGUUCCUGGCCAUUUGGCCAUUCUUUUCCAGCCUGAUUCUUCCCCCAUGGGCAGAACCCACCUGUAGCCCUGAGGUUCCCUUCCCAGGACAGCUCCAGGGUAGGGAUCAUUGUAGGUGGUUGUGGGGUUGACACCCCUGUUGACUCCUUCCCAGCUGAUGGUCAGAGCCUUAGACCCAGCACUCCUUGGAUUAGCUCUGCCAAGUGUCUUGGUUGAGAGAAUAACCUCACGGUACCCACAUGACACGUGACUUGGAAGGAGACUCAAGGCCACACUGAGUAAAUAAUGGUGCACAGAUGUGCCCACCCAACAACUGUGCUGAGUGAUCAUGCAGCCAGAGCCAGCAUUCCUGUACCCAGGGUUUCCAGGCAGAGCAAAUACCAUAAAGAUUCUCUGUGAUGCAGGAAGUUUGGAUCAAGGAAGCUAGAAUUACAGGGAUGAUGAUGAUGAUUAUGAUGAUGAUGAUAGACAAGAGUCUCUCUCACU